GAGGAGAGCGGCGGCCGAGGUCUGACUUCUGGUUGUGGCAUCUGACGUGGAUCCCUGAGCCUGUUUGCUGCUGUCCCUUCACCCUCUGCAGAAAUGUCUGUCACUUACGAUGACACCGUGGGAGUAGAAGUGUCCAGCGACAGCUUCUGGGAGGUUGGGAACUAUAAGAGAACUGUGAAGCGGAUUGACGAUGGCCACCGUCUGUGCAGUGACCUUAUGAACUGCUUGCAUGAGCGGGCACGCAUCGAGAAGGCUUAUGCACAGCAGCUCACCGAGUGGGCUCGGCGCUGGAGGCAACUUGUGGACAAGGGGCCGCAGUAUGGGACCGUGGAGAAGGCCUGGUUGGCCUUCAUGUCUGAGGCGGAGCAGGUGAGCGAGCUGCACCUGGAAGUGAAGGCCUCCCUGAUGAAUGAGGACUUUGAGAAGAUCAAGAACUGGCAGAAGGAAGCCUUUCACAAGCAGAUGAUGGGAGGCUUCAAGGAAACCAAAGAAGCAGAGGAUGGCUUCCGGAAAGCCCAGAAGCCCUGGGCUAAGAAGCUUAAAGAGGUGGAAGCAGCGAAGAAAGCCCACCACACAGCGUGCAAAGAAGAGAAGUCAGCCAUCUCCCGGGAAGCCAGCAGCAAAGCAGAUCCGUCCCUCAACCCCGAGCAGCUGAAGAAAUUGCAAGACAAGAUAGAAAAAUGCAAGCAGGAUGUUCUGAAGACCAAAGAGAAGUAUGAGAAGGCUCUGAAGGAGCUCGACCAGACCACUCCGCAGUACAUGGAGAACAUGGAGCAGGUGUUCGAGCAGUGCCAGCAGUUUGAAGAGAAGCGCCUGCGCUUCUUCCGGGAGGUUCUGCUGGAGGUUCAGAAGCAUCUCGACCUGUCAAACGUGGCUGGCUACAAAACCAUUUACCGAGACCUGGAGCAGAGCAUCAAAGCAGCUGAUACGGUGGAGGACCUAAGGUGGUUCCGAGCCAAUCAUGGGCCGGGCAUGGCCAUGAACUGGCCACAGUUCGAGGAUGAAGAGUGGUCUGCAGACCUGAACCGGACUCUCAGCCGGAGAGAGAAGAAGAAGACAACUGAUGGGGUCACGCUGACUGGCAUCAACCAGACAGGCGACCAGUCUGCGCAGAACAAGCCUGGCAGCAACCUUAGUGUCCAGAGCAACCCCGCCCAGUCCACGCAGUCACAGUCUAACUACAACCCCUUUGAGGACGAGGACGACACAGGCAGUACCGUCAGCGAGAAGGAGGACAUUAAGCCCAAAAAUGUGAGCAGCAGUGAGAAGAACCAGAGCUAUCCCACCGAGUGGUCUGACGAUGAGUCUAACAACCCCUUCUCCUCCACGGAUGCCAACGGGGACUCUAACCCCUUCGACGAGGACACUACCUCAGGAACAGAAGUGCGAGUCCGGGCCCUCUAUGACUAUGAGGGCCAGGAGCAUGAUGAGCUCAGCUUCAAGGCUGGAGAUGAGCUGACCAAGAUAGAGGACGAGGAUGAGCAAGGCUGGUGUAAGGGGCGCUUGGACAGCGGGCAGGUUGGCCUGUACCCAGCCAACUACGUCGAGGCUAUCCAGUGACAGGCCACGGGUGAGCUGGCGGAGAGAUGGAAGUGGCCACUUCAGGAGCUCCGUUAGCCUCUGCCCAGGCAGAGACACCUCUAGCACCCCAGCAGCCAUUUAGGCUUCCACUCCACCUGCAAAAGAUGAUGGUUCCAUUGCUCUUGGCUUCCUGGUGUCCUUUGAAAGCAAAUGAGCUGGUCAUUUUGCUGGGGACUUGGCCCUUUUCCAAGUGCAUCUGGGCAGGUGUAGGCUCAGGAAGAUGUGGUCCACCAGCAAGAGCCGGCCCCUCCCAGUCCCCACUAGCUCUGUGUAUCAUGGAUCUCUAGCUUGACCUUGUCUCUUCCGAGUCACAGUGGGUCACAGUGAUUAUUUUCUCAUCUAAGUCCCAUACCUGCAAGUUCAAUGAACAAGCUUACAUGCCAUCUUCUGACUAAAGAGUUUGAGGUUUUUAAUUUAAAGGCAGUGUACAGUGAUAUUUUUUUAUAUGCUCUUCCAUUCACUUGUAUGUAAAUCAUGGCCCAGAUUGAUCUGUGCUCUUGUCCAGGACACGCUUUCUUCAUCAACACAUCGUGCUGCUCAUCAGCCCCACCUGCUGGGCCAGAUGCCAGGCUUGCAGCUCUGCUCAGAGAUGUCCAGAGGGCAGUGACCCAGUGAGAGACCCAGCUGAAAGGUGGGGGCUGCUGCAGUGGGGGUUCCAUGGUGAAUGCAAGCUGCACAGAUAACCUCAUACAGUACACCCCAAUGUCGCCACAUUUGAAAAUUUUUUUUCACUCUGUUCUUGCUUUAAAACUGCACUCUUUCGCAAAUUAAUGAUUUAAUUAGUGAUUUGGAAAGUCAUAAAGUUAGAACUAACUUCAAGCAGAUGCAUCUGUAGAUUAAGAUGCUUUAUAUUAGACUGUCAGUCUUGAUGUAUAUCUGUAUAUAUUAUUUGAUAUUCAGAGAAUCUACAUGAGCUUUAAUGACUUCUGACAGUGGGUUUCGUUUGUAACCCUCUCGAAGCCUAUGGUGUUGAGGCACACUGCGUGCUAACUGGGCUUCUUCCCAGCUCAGGCAUAGCUCCGGCCUCAGAGUGGCAGUGGCUGGGAGAAGACUCAUCCUCACUGGUCUGCCUGGGCUCCACCUCCUGAUUCGUCCUAGUCCCAGUUUCACGGCAUAACACCGUGAAAGUGCCCAGGAUUGGCAGUGGUCACAUGCCUCUCAGUCACUCGUGUUACUGAUGAGCAAGUGCAAGCCGGCACAAGUCCCUCUGAGUGCCCGUGGUCACCAGGAUGCAGUGGAAGUGUUCUGAAGUCCCAUGGGACAGGCACCAGGAGGGCCUUUAUGUUGUGAGCUCAGAUGGCGGUGCCGUGGCACUCAUGUGUCUCCUCGGUGUUGGCAGUGAGUGACCUGCUUGGGAAAUGGUUGUGUCUGUAUGUAUCAUGACAACUUCUCAGCAGAAAUCCUUGUUCCUAUGCCACAGGUUGACCAAAAACUGUUGUCUUUUAAGUUUAGGAAUUCCUUUAAAUGUAUAGUAUUUUAGAACAAAAAUCAAUAAAUCAUUGAUCUUGUGCAUAUAAAAAAGC